GUUAUGAGCAAAACAUUUUAUCGACUUUUUCAUAUUAUUCAUCGCAAUUGCUGAUAAAUAAUAUUGUUCAUAUAAGCACAGUCUUAUUUGAAGAAAAAUUAAGAUGAAAACAAGGUGUCCACACGAAAUUGUUGUCACUUGUGACAGUUCUAGCGAGAACUACAGUGCUGCAACAUGGGACCCUCGUACAGGAACUCUUCUGACAACUUACAAGAAUGCUGGUGCUUUGGGACAGCAUUCACUACAGAUGUUACAUGAUUCUUAUUUAAUUGCAUCGAGUGCCACAAAACCAUUCCUUCAUCUGUGGCCACUAAACAGUCAGACAAAUUCAAGACUGGUUGUACCAGGAAAAGUGACAGCACUAGCUUGUACACCCAAUGGCGCAUACAUAGCUGCAGCAUUGAGCGAGAAAAUAUACAUCUGGCAAAGCUGCAGUGGACAGUUACUCAACUCUUUUGCCAGGCAUUAUCAAGCCAUUGGUUGCCUGUUGUUCAACAAAGAUGGGUCUUGUUUGGCUAGUGGAGCAGAAGAUGGAUUAAUUUUUGCCUGGUCGCUCAGUCAAGUAGCGAACGAGAAGGAAGCCAAGCCACUGAGUUGGUUUUCUCAUCAUUCAUUACCCGUGAAGGAUCUUCAUUUCGGACAGAUCGGCUGUUUCGGUAGGUUGUAUUCCGUGUCUCUGGACAGGUCCGCAAGGAUAUACGACGUGUACACCGGGCAGCUGCUGCUGAGCCUGGUGUUCGACGUGCCCCUCGAGUCAGUUUGCACGGACAUCAUGGAGAACGAGCUAUUCGUGGGGUCUUCAACCGGGACAGUGAUGAAGUGCAGUCUGCGAGAGGCCUGCCGUGGGGCAGAGCAGCACGUGGCUCUGCGCGACAACGACAAGAUCGCUCUGUACAAGGCCCACGAGGGCAAGAUCACGGCGCUAUCGGUGUCCGUGGACUGCAUCACGCUGUUGACGGGCUCGACGGACGCAACGGUGUGCCUGUGGGACAUCGCCAGCUGCCAGCUGAUCCUCAAGCUGCCCCAGCGCGGCCCGGUGGUCACGGCGUUCUUCGGCACAGCGUACGACAGCUUCGCGAGCAGCGACUUCAGGCCGAGCCUGGUGGUGAGGCCGCUACAGAAGGUGUCGGAGCCGGGCAAGAGCGACGCGCUGCUGGAGGUCUGCCGAAGGGACCAGGGCGACUCGUGGAUCCUGGACCUGGACUGGCAGUCGGGCAAGCAUCGCAGCGCCAGCGCGGCCGAGACGUCGAGCACCGAGGAGGAGCUGAAGGCGGCUCGCGGCGAGAUCGCCAGACUGAAGCAAGUCAACUCGGAGAUGUAUCAGUACGUCGUGAGGAACCUGUUGGGGGAGGCACCCUGACGGCGCUCGCCGCGGUCGGCUAGCGGGAGUGCCCAGAUGCCAGUCUUCUCUCGACAACGAGCAUUCUUGGGCGAGCAGUCGAGGGCACGCCCUGCUCGUUCGUGGAGCUCGGGACGCCAAGCCGAGAGCGAGGGGCCCUGCAGCCACAGCCAACGAAUGGCUCCGUGACGCACAGCGAUAUGCAAACGAAGCCUGGCGAUUGCUCGUAAACGGAGCCUUUGCAUGCAAACGAGGAGUGCGCAAUAAUCUUAGCUUGUAAUGUAGGCGAAAUACAGCAGGCAAUCUUCGGCCUUCUUUGCUCUCCCUCUCUUGCUCCCCCCCCCCCCCCCCCCCUAAACACGAUACUUCGCGCAAUUUACGAGCUGCUUCCCCUGCAGCAAUUGGCCACCGUGUUAUUUCGCCCGAGCCCAGCUUUAUACGCGAGAUUCGGAUUGCCUGUCGGAUUUCAAAGGACUUGCUCGGCUGCUAGCAGCGAUGCCUGUUCUCUCAAUCAGUUCCCGCGUUCGUCGGCUAGUGCCGUCGAAAUCUUCGCGGUGAGCGUGAGCCCAACGAUGCUCGUGCAAUGUAUCAUGGAAAAGCAAAUAAAAGAACGAUCAAGAAAGGAACACGCAUUGUUUUGUUCGCUCGG